GCAAAAUGAGUACAAGGUGAUGGUGCUGAACCACUACUGGUCCUGGGUGUAUUUCCCCUGGGGUUGGUGGUGGUGGCACCCUCGCGUCAUCAUCAUCAUACACUGCUGUCCAAUCAGGAUCUACAUCAUCAUCCGCUGGCCCUGGAUCUGGUGGCCCUGGCACAAAUACUGUGAAUACGGCUGGACACGCUGGUUCGACCGCGACAAUCCCUCUGGAACAGGCGACUGGGAGACGCUGACCGACCUCCGCAACGAAAACCCGGGACAGAUCUGCGACAAUCCGUCCGGCAUCGAGGCCCGGGUGGUGGGGACGGGCACUCCCGCGGCGCUCACCUUAGACACCUUCACCCACUUCAACGUCUUCUCGGGGUUCGUCUGCCAGCCCACAACCUGCCAGGACUACGAGGUACGUUUCUGGUGUCCGCAGCAGAGUUUUCCCGUCCCCUGCGACUGCCCCGGCUGGACCGCCUGGUUCGACGUCGACGACCCGACCGUCACCGGGGACUGGGAGUACCUGUCUAUUGUCGACACCCUCAACCCGGGGCAGGCCUGCGCCAAGGCUUCCGGCAUCCAAGUCAAGACUACCAUCGGCGACGUGCCUGCAGGGCUGACCGGCGAGGUUUUCCACCGCUUCGGACCGAACCCGGGCUUCGUCUGCCGCAAGAAUCCCGAAGGGGGCCCGGAAAAUACCCCUGCGCCCUACCAAUGCCGCGACUACGAAGUGCGCUUCAAGUGUCCCUGAUUUGAUGACGCCUUUGCGAGUGUCAUAGAAGCGCAUUGUUUACACGGC